AUGCUCCUCCGGGACCUGGCGCUGCGCCGUGGCUACUGCUGGCCCUCACUGCUGCUGCACUGCGCGCUCCACCCGCUCUGGGGCUUCGUGCAGGUGACACACGGGGAGCCCCGGAAGUCCUGCUCCAAGGUGACGGACAGCUGCCAACACAUCUGCCAGUGCCGGCCCCCGCCCCCGCUGCCCCCGCCCCCGCCGCCCCCGCCGCCUCCCCGACUCCUCUCCGCCCCAGCUCCCAACGCUACCUCGUGUCCCACUGAGGAAAGCUGGUGGUCAGGGCUGGUGAUCAUCAUCGCGGUAUGUUGUGCCUCCCUGGUGUUUCUCACUGUGCUUGUCAUCAUUUGCUACAAAGCCAUAAAGAGGAAACCCCUGAGAAAAGAGGAGAACGGCACCGGUGUUGCUGAGUAUCCCAUGACCGCCUCGCACAGCAACAAAGGGGUGGACGUGAACAGCGCCGUGGUGUGA